AUGAGUGACGUUUACGAGCAAACAGACGAGUACAUCAUCAACAAGAAUGUCCCCUACUACGACGAACGGACCGAGGAGGACGAACUUUUCGAUGAGCACAGAAUGAGGAAGGGCCUCAAGCCUGUUCAAGACCGUCCAUGGUGGUUUGAUGAGAUCCGCUGCCAGGCCACUUCUCGCUCUGACGGCGAGGUCAUCGCCGAACUCUGCGCUGUCUUGAUCAAUCUGGACGACGCCAGGGAAUGUCUUGAGUAUUUGAAGAAUGAUGAGCGGAAGAGGUAUGAUGAUCUGAGGGAUUAUGUCAUGGAGGAUGUGGAUCUGGAGGAUUUGUUGAGCGAGGCGGAUUUGAGCUGUCGCAAUCGUUACAGCACGGUUACUUCGUUGGUGGGAGAUCUUCUCACUCAUGACGGGGGGAUGCCAAUCAAGUGGUAUAGGUCGGACUUUCCUGAGACAAGAGGCACGGGUGUGUGGGGAGAGGAGCUCAGCAGCAUGAAGAACGUGCUCCUGCUUGAGGACUUUCAUGUCGAGCCGGAUUGGCGUGGACAGGGUCUCGGCACGAAAAUUGUGCACUAUGUCCUCAACCUCAACGAGACCUACUGCGGGAAGGAGGAGCUUUAUCUGUUUGUUCGUCCCAGACCAGACCCUCGCGAAUAUUCACGCCUCUUGGGUCUCCUCAGGGGGGCUGAUGUACCGGUUUACCACCAAAUCACGCGCAGAGCCGAGGCCUUUUGGAGAGCUCAAGGAUUCCGCCGGGUGGCAAAGUCGGACUGGUUCGCCUACACGACAAACGCAGACCAUCCCUCACGGAAGCUCAGCAUUGCCGAUGACGAAGCAAUCGACCACGACCUGAAAGAGUUUGGGGUGCGUCCCGCCUGGCUCACCGUUGUGCCGGCCCACAUGGCCAGACUUGUCCAAGACCUGGGCAAACAGCAUACCACCGACGAGGAGUGCACCGCGCUCCUCAGGGAGCAGAUGCCAGAGGAUCCCAACCACGAAGACUGGGGCGUGCGCGGGGAGUGUGGCAACACACUCCUCCACCUGGCCGCCGUCUCGUCCAAGCUCGAGGCGAUCAGGUUCGUUCUAGAGCGCCAGCCGCACUUGGCCGAGGUCAAGAACAUGGGCGGGCGCACGCCCCUCGAAGCGCUCGAGCACCAGCUCGGAAAGGCGAGGGAGCGCGACUACUCGGGUGAGCGCUUCUUGGCGAUUUGCGCAUGGGAGAGGAAGAACUGGAGAUUCUCUGAGGAUUUCCCGGGCCUCAACGACAAGGCCAUCCGGUCUUGGUGCCUUCUGAGCGGCACCCCCUACAUGGACGUGAGCGGCCUGGCCGUGAAGUCUGCGUCGGAGCUUGGGGAAGACCGGGAGGUUGUGCAGGAGCUCCUCGAGCUCAAGUACUGCUGCGGAUGUGGGUCUUGCCUUGGUGGUUGGUUCAGCCAACGCAGUCAAGUGGUCCUAGCAUUUGCGGCCAGGGAGAUGCAUAGGCGUCGGGUGGAGGGUUUGGAGCAGGUGGGGUUCUUGCAGUGGUACGAUUUGUAUAUCAAGGACUCUUGCGACUUUAUCACCAGGGAGGAAACCACGGACAACGAGCAGGCCGCAUUGUGGGUGGUGGAGGUGUUUCGACAUCUGGAAUUGUGCAUCGCCGGAACCGACGAUACACCCCCCAUGAUUCCGAAUCUCAGGAACAUCAUGGCCAGCAUAGAGGCUGCCCAAAACGAAACCCCUCAGCCUGCCGAUCUUCACCGGCGGAUUGAUGCCGUCAUUGAAGCUACCUGCUGGUUGAUUGGAAAGGCAGAGGGUACGUGGGACAACAUGCAUGAAGACCGGUAUAUAGAAGACGGCGAAGAGUUGACGGAGGAGCUGAAGGAGCUGUCACACUGCGACAACGACGGCUACUACUGGCCUCUCUACACUUACUGGAAGUCCCUUCGGGGCCACGAAAGCGCCUCCCGGCGAGCAGAAUUAGUGAGUCUCUCCAGAAGGGAGAAAGGAAAUUGUCCAAAGGCUAACAUGAGGUUCGUUACAGCUUGCAUAGCUCCCUUGCAUACCGGAGCAAGCCCAGCCUAUUCAACCCGUCACGGGGCUCCGUUUUCAAUGUUGCGGAGAGGAAAGUUGAGAUUCCAGUCUCGUGGGCUUUGA